UUUGUUCUCGCGAUAUUUCCUGGUAACCGGGAACCCGGGCGACCCGGGCUCUGUGAAACAUGGCGGUCGGCUGGGUCCGAAACACAAGCAUGACUAUAUGAAAGAAGAAGGUUUUCCUGAAGAUGAGGCGACUGAAUCGAAAAAAAACCUUAAGUUUGGUGAAAGAAUUGGAUGCCUUUCCAAAGGUUCCCGAGAGCUAUGUAGAGACUUCAGCCAGUGGGGGUACAGUUUCUCUAAUAGCAUUUACCACUAUGGCUUUAUUAACUAUAAUGGAAUUUUCAGUAUAUCAAGAUACAUGGAUGAAAUAUGAAUAUGAAGUAGACAAGGAUUUUUCUAGCAAAUUGAGAAUCAAUAUAGAUAUUACUGUUGCCAUGAAGUGUCAGUAUAUUGGAGCAGAUGUACUGGAUUUAGCAGAAACAAUGGUCGCAUCAGCAGAUGGUCUAGUUUAUGAACCAGUAAUGUUUGAUCUUUCACCACAGCACAGAGAGUGGCUGAGGAUGCUGCAGCUGAUUCAGAGUAGACUACAAGAAGAACAUUCACUUCAAGAUGUGCUAUUUAAAAGUGCUUUUAAAACUUCAACAGGUCUUCCAUCAAGGGAAGAUGAUUUAUCACAGCCUCCAGAUGCUUGCAGAAUUCACGGUCAUCUAUAUGUCAAUAAAGUAGCGGGGAAUUUUCACAUAACUGUGGGCAAGGCAAUUCCACAUCCCCGGGGUCAUGCACAUUUGGCAGCACUCGUCACCCAUGACUCAUACAACUUUUCUCACAGAAUAGAUCAUUUGUCUUUUGGAGAGCUUGUUCCAGGAAUUAUUAAUCCUUUGGAUGGAACUGAAAAAAUUUCUGUAGAUCACAACCAGAUGUUCCAAUAUUUUAUUACAGUUGUGCCAACAAAGCUACAUACAUAUAAAAUUUCAGCAGACACCCAUCAGUUUUCUGUGACAGAGAGGGAACGUGUCAUUAACCAUGCUGCAGGCAGCCAUGGAGUCUCUGGGAUAUUUAUGAAAUAUGAUCUCAGUUCUCUUAUGGUGACAGUUACUGAAGAGCAUAUGCCAUUCUGGCAGUUUUUUGUAAGACUCUGUGGUAUCGUUGGAGGAAUCUUUUCAACAACAGGCAUGUUACAUGGAAUUGGAAAAUUUAUAGUUGAAAUAAUUUACUGUCGUUUCAGACUUGGAUCCCACAAACCCGUCAAUUCUGUCCCCUUUGAGGAUGGCCACACGGACAACCACUUACCUCUUUUAGAAAAUAAUACACAUUAGCACCUCCCAAGUGAAGGAGAAAAACUUUUGCCUGAGACAUAAAACCUUUUUUAAUAAUAAAAUAUUGUGCAAUAUAUUCAAAAGAAAAAAACAUAAAUGAGAAGCAGGAAUCAUACCUAGAAAAAAAAAGAAAAAAUGCAACUGAAACCCUAUAUAUGUUGUGUCUGUUACAAAUGUCCUAGAAGAAAUUAUGCAGCUAAUCAGUGAAUACGCCCGACUGGAGUAUGGCUGGGAAGACGUCCCUUCCGAGAUUUUCACAGCCAAUGGGCGCGUCCAAGGCAGACCUCGCAGGGCCCGAGGGAGAGAAGUCAGACCACAUCUGAAGAAGCGGCAUUAAUACUGCUAAUGUCUGCGUCCUUUUGUUUUUAAAAUACGAUGUUGGAAUAAAAUAUGGAAAACAUAUGGAAAACUAGUCUAGACUUUAAAAAGUUGUGGUUAGGUCACAUUGUUGAUAAAGAAACAGAUGGGUUCACGUGCUAUAGCCAUAUUAGUGUUAAGCCAUAACGACAGUAAUUUGGUCUUUUGGAGGUAACUGAUUUUCUUUAAACUCUGGCUAUUGACUUUUAAUUGCUCAAGGCAGGGCCAUGGAGGACUGAGGUGAAUUCUUACAGGGGCAGGUACAUGGGUGCUAUAACGUGUCACAGGGAUUAUUCACAAAUUGUACAGUGGGCACUUACACAGGGAGAAGCAGCACAUUUUUUUAAAAAGAUGCUAAAUUUCCUAAUCUGACCAUUGUAUUGAUGGUUUACUUUGGGAGCAGGGGUGAGUAAAAAAGAUCUGAUGAUGAUGAAAACUGUCAGUUUGUAAAAUAUUAAAAAGUAGAAUAUUUUAUACAUGUUGUGGUGAGUAGGCAACAGGGUAACUUAAAAUAGAAGUGUGAGGCAGCUAUUUAAGUAAAACAAGAGAAUGUCAUCACGUCUGAGAGAUGAUCAUGUUAAAUGAUGUCCGUUACACUGUAAACUGGAUGAGGUAUCUGCAUUCACAGUGUCCUGAGUGUGCUUGAUUCUGUACUAGAUUGUGCUGUUGUGGCUUUCUUACUAUUUAAGAGUUGAUUUAAAAUUUCCAGACUAUAAAAGAUUAAAAAUAAUGAAAGGAAGAUAUAACCCAGGUGCCAUUAAAAACUUAUUUGGAA